GGCCAUAUACUCACGUAUUCCAACAUAUUUGGUCAUCCCAAUAUAUAAUUCAAGGUUUGAAAAUUGUGGUAUCAAUGGGGGUCGUGUUGCUUCACCGCAAAGGAAGUUUCAUUGGUAGAAGAAAACGUAGAAAUGGUCGACAACUUUGCCACCUCCGCAUCUGCCGGACCUUCAUUUCCUCUUUAAUAAACUACCAUUGAAGCAACCCAAACCUACAAUCUCUCUAAAACCCUAUUUCUUUCCACAUGCAACCUCUUCUCUUCAACCCUCAUGAAUCUCCCUAGCAAUGGCCAUGAGCAAAUAUAGUUUUUUACUUCUCUGCACCACCAUUCUUUGCCUCUCUUUCUUGCUUUUAUUCUUUGGGCGCUGCAACUUAUUCGCCGAUGGUAUUAGUAGCCACACUUUGAGCAACCGGAAGCUCCUGGCUACCAAAUUCGACUUCACUCCAUUUCUACAUCAUCACAAGCAUCACCAUCAACGGCAUCGCUCUGUCGACGAUAACGUCCACCGCCCUGAACAUUCCGGUAACGAGAUUGAUCCGCGUUACGGUGUAGAAAAACGCCUUGUUCCUAGCGGUCCAAACCCCUUGCACCAUUGAGGUUUUCUCAAUUUUUUUCCUUAUUUUUCCUAUUUAUUUUCUUAUCAUGAAAAAAAUAUGUAAUGAAAUCAAUUUGUAUGAAUUUCAUGUAUACUUGUUCAAAAUUCCAUAAAAUGAUCAUAAUUCAGAUAAAGUACUGAAAACUUGGAUCUCU